AUGCAACCAGAGUCUAACCAUUCUUCUCCAAAAGCUUCCACUCGAAGAACCAACCCCCGUACUCCUUCACCCCAGAACCAGCAUGGCCUUCGCUGUAGUGGCAGCCCAGCUUUCCACGGUCUCUCCAGCAAUGGGGAACCAGGAAAUGCUGCUGCAGCACAGUUACGUGGCUCACCAAACGCCGAUAGCGGCAGCAUUAAAACCGAACGGCAUAUACAGAAGCAUCCUGGACUCCUGAAGACGAGUUACAAUGACGAAGACGCUCAGGAUGACGGCAAAUUCACGUCUGACGGAUCUGACAUACACGCGAAGAGCCUCAAAUUUACAGGCAAUCCGAAUCACCCUCCGCAGGGAAGUUCUCCGAUAAACAAAUUGCCUAAUGAGCUCUUGACGCAUGCGCUUUCGCACUUGCCUCCCAACGAUCUCUCGUCCUCUUCUCUAGUUUCAAAACGCUUCCACGCCCUUAUUACAUCACCCCACGCCUGGCGUGCUGCUUUUGCUCGCUAUUUUCCCGGUCCCGCGACAAUUGCACCUGCGACAAAGACAGGACUAGGUAAAGGGGAUAGUUUCCAAUCCGACAAACGUGCAUUCUGUCGCCUGACCGCGCUCUCAACAUGGAGAAGCGAAUACAUCAUCCGAACACGUCUUUUGCGCUCACUGGCAAGGGGCAAACCUUCAGUCUCAUCCACGACAUCAACGCCACGUGGUUUUGCCGGCUCGGGUAGUGCUGUAGUAAUGUACAAUUCGCAGCUGUUAACCACAGUGAAUCACAUAGAUGUGAACUGGGGAUCUGGGCUUGCAAAGACUUUCCCUCGCUUGAUUCAUGGAGCCGAUGAAUUUGGAAAGGCAUGUGCAAGUGACCCAAUAACUGGAAAGGUUGACAACAGAGGCAUCAUGGAUCCACAGGGAUUCCGUCAGUUUUCUGACAUUUAUGGCGGAGCUACGAUGUAUGGUCUUGGACCCGGCAAUGUCAUAGGAAUCCGUAAUGUCAUGGAUGUGAGUCAACCACACGGUAUGGUUUACGGCGAGGGACUACCGGACGGCGGUGUCUAUUACCGCGCCACGGAUGAAUCUCGCGGCCGGUUCUUGCUUGCUCCUCUCGGCUUGUCGGAACCGGAGGUCGGUAUUCCUAAGAUAACACGUGAGAUCGAGGCAGUAUCGGCAGUGUGGAUUGCGAAAACGGCUGCAAUUCCUAGCCUCACUGAGGGUCUUCUCGGUAUUAUGGUUGGAUCUUCACUUGGUGUUGUGAGCGCAUAUAGUCUUGGCUCUUCGGAUUUGCGUCAUUUACGCUUUUCACGUGGAGAACUUACCGCAAGAUGGGUGCUUAGCCCCGGUGUUCCUAUUAUUGCCCUUGCAGUCGACGAGAAUUAUUCUCUGAAGCGCCAAGCCCAGAACCGCAUCUGGGCGAUAGCACUCAACGCGCUCGGUGAACUUUACUACUUGACCAAAUUUCCCAAGCGGCAGUCUUUAGCACGCGACACGAAGCUUGAUGCCGCAGCCACGGAGCGAAUGGCUUGGAGUACAGGCCGAUCCGUGUAUUGGAACUUGGUGGAACCAAGCCGUCGCAUGUCUAGGCCAGAUCCUUUUCAAGAGUUUGAAAUGGAUGGUAGCUACUCUCCAAGGACUUCCUGGACUGGAAUGUGCUUGACUGGCGACCAAGUCAGGGCGGAAACUGUCGAGAUCGAGGCCUUUUUGAAGAAAUUCCCGUAUGAUUUCCGCAAGACUUGCUAUGGUUGGGAUAUGCGCCGAAGAAUUGAGGUCGACUUUGCAGGUGAUGAUGGUAAUUUCGCCGGUGAAUCCAUUGCAGUCUUUGGUUGUGGCCUCGAUGAAGAUACUGCUGCUAGCGUCAAGCGGUACACGCGGUUCAAAGUACCUGAACACGAGGGUACAUUGACCGAAAGCUCUAUUCCUACACCUGACGAUGACCGUACUCCCGUACUCGAACGCGAAUCUAUCUUUGGGCCAUCAAAUCCACUGCAGACUCAAUCAGCAAUAUUUUCUCCGUCCGAUAGCCGAGGUCGAAGUUUCGCUUCCGUAGCUUACAGCAGUGUAGACGUUUCUCCUGAAAGGAUUUCUACCAUUGAGGAAUGGCGCUGCUCUCUCUUCUCUUUCAAUAAUGCCAAGGGCGUACAAAUCUCUACCACUGCGAUUGACUGUUCGACAUAUGCCACCUUGACCAUGUCCGAAGAUCCGGCACUUGGAAUGCUGGGGUCUUCUGAAGCGUCUUCGACUUUUGGCUCACCAUUUCGUGGCGAGGAUCGCCCGGCCACUCCUUCUGAUCUGCCUGGACAGCGCUCCCGCUUUGUCGCUGCUGGAACGAGUUCCGGAAAUGUUUUCAUCUGGGACUGCCGCGCUGCCAUGUCAAGGUCGACGGAUGUCAUCAAUGAAGUUGAACCUGUUCGAAUCAUAUAUACAGAUUCGCCCGAGAUUUCCUGCCUUGCUCUGACCGCUCUCCAAAUUGUCGUCGGUGGUAGUGACGGGCUUGUUCAGGCGUGGGAUCCACUCGCAUCUUCCAUGGAGCCUAUUCGCACGUUUAACUCUCGAUUUUCAUCGAGGGCACGACGUCGUCUAGCCCAAGCUCAGGCUUCACCAGCGGGCGUUGGCAUCAACAUGUUUGCGGCUGGUGCGAUUUGCCUUGACCCAGAUCCAAGUGUACUCCGCGGCGUUGUGUCUCUUGGAAAUCAUCUGCGUUACUGGAGCUAUAGCUCACUCUCGGCGGAGCAGUAUAAAGGCACGAAGCGUCUGAAGCGUCGCUCUGAGCGCGGCAGCAAUCAGCAUGGAGGAGACUUUGUAAGCAUUCGGAACAGUAAUCUCAAGUCCUACAUUGAAAACGAACGUCACGAGCUUGAGCAAGAGGAUGAGCGAAGUAGACGCGAGAAAGCGCGCCUCAGGGGUCGAUUCGGCAUCGACAUGAUGGAGAGUGAGGAACAGGCGUUAGCUUAUGCAACUCUUCUCUCAGAAGAGAGUAUGAUUGAGGAUGAACAACGCCGAAGCAGCAAGGCCAACACUCCUGCGUUAUCCUCAGGCCGCUUUGCAACACCUACCAAAGAAAAGGCUUCUGAUGAGAUCGAUGCCGAUCUUGCUGAAGCCAUUCGCCAGAGCCUGGAGAGUACACCCCAAGAUGUGGGUUCACGGGAGUAUACUCCUCCGUACUCGCCUAGUCGCGUGGCGUAUGAUAUUCCUAUCCGCAUGGGCAAGAAAGGGCGCAGAAGCACUCCCAAAUCUUCAUCAAGAAGUCCGCCAACACCGCUCAUGAACGUCCCGGAGGCGAGCAAUCGGCAGGAGAUGGAUGAUCUAGAAUUUGCUCUACAGCUAAGUUUGGCUGAAGAGCAAAGUCGAGGGGAUUCCAAUCGCAUCGACCCUGAAUUUCCAGGGCUUCCGAAUGAGAAGGGUAAGGGAAAGGCGACGAAGUAG